CAGGCCAGGUCAAGCUUAUAUUUCAAAAAGAGAGAAGCGCAGAGUCGCAGCACAAAAAUAAAAAUGGCGGGAAACGAAGAGCCAAAGCAAAUUUCACAACCGUCACCAUCUUCUUCCUCUUCUUCGAGAGCGAAGAUAGAAGAAGAAGAACUGCAGCAACAAGCUAAAGAGAUAUGCUGGAGAAAGCAAGUGGACCAGAACCUCAAGCGCCUCCACCCGCUCCUCUUCGGCGCCGAGCUCGCCCUCGACCGCCGCGACUUCUCGGCGGCUCUGAUCCUCGGUCUCCGCCUCCUCGGCUUCCUCGACUCCCAGUCUCAAUCCGAAGUCGACCAGGCCUUCAUCUACCCCAUUCGCCGCGAAGUCGCCGCCAAGAUCAACGCCGCUCGCCACUCACUCGCUCCUGACUCCGAUCGCCGAGCAUUUGAGCAAGCAAAGAAAGCUCCAGGUUGUGUUUUUGGAACAAGAGGAGAGAUUGACAUAGGGAGGAUUAAACAAUCCAAGUACUUUCGAGCUCUUCUUCAGCAGUCCAAUAUUAAAGCGGAGAAUGAAUUGGGAGGUCAAAUAGAGAAGCAUGACAGGUUGAGUAACCAGGCUUCAAAAGUUAUGACACAAGCAAAAUUGACUUCCAACAUGACAAGGGCUAGUAAUGGCUUAAACAAGGGGUUUUGGAGUUCCAAAAGCAACAACUCUGAUGACUGCAUUAUUGUGGAAAAACCUUGCUCACAUAACAACCAAGUAAAAGGUCAUGGUGUCUCAUCUUUUCCAAAAGUUGAAGACGAAGACAGAGCUUAUGGAAGUGCUGCAGGGGCAAAACGGGCACACAUGGAAAUCAGUAGCCCCAGGAUAGAUAAUGCAAAGUCACCGUCUAGCAAUGAAGAAGCUAAUGCUGAUGCUUCUGGCAAUGGGUUUGUUACUGCUCGAGCAAAAUUGGAAAUGGAUGCAAGGCAAAGACGGGGUUUGGCAGGAUCACCAAGUGCUUCUGUCUCCCCACAAAGUGAUAACAAUUGUGCCAAUAGGGGUUAUGGUGUGAAAUCAUAUGGUGUUUCACGCCGUGGUGUCCGCGGUGGUUUUAUUCCCCCUAUCAAAUCCAAUGGGGGCAAUGUUGGGAAUGUGACUUCACGAAUUGGUGGAAAGUGCGAUGAUGCAUUAGAUGACUCAACAAAGAGAUGUUUAGAUAUGCUAUGUGGUCCUGAUGGUGAGCUUCCUGAAAAAUUAAGGAAUCUGGAACCUCGUCUUAUUGAACAUAUUAGUAAUGAGAUCAUGGACAGGGAUCCCAAUGUUCGAUGGGAUGAUAUUGCUGGUUUGGAUCAUGCUAAAAAAUGUGUGACUGAGAUGGUCAUAUGGCCUCUCUUACGUCCUGACAUAUUUAAAGGUUGUCGUUCUCCUGGAAAAGGUCUUCUUCUUUUUGGUCCACCUGGAACUGGAAAAACAAUGAUUGGGAAAGCCAUAGCUGGAGAGGCGAAAGCAACCUUUUUCUACAUAUCUGCCAGCUCAUUAACAAGCAAGUGGAUUGGCGAGGGUGAAAAGCUAGUGAGGGCUCUUUUUGGGGUUGCCUGUUGUCGUCAGCCAGCUGUGAUUUUUGUUGAUGAAAUUGAUUCACUUCUUUCUCAGCGUAAGUCAGAAGGCGAACAUGAAUCAAGUAGACGACUAAAAACACAGUUCCUCAUUGAAAUGGAAGGUUUUGACAGUGGCAGUGAGCAAAUCCUACUCAUAGGAGCAACAAAUCGACCCCAAGAACUUGAUGAAGCAGCACGGAGGCGACUUACCAAGAGACUUUAUAUACCCCUGCCCUCCUCUGAAGCAAGAGCUUGGAUUAUACGUAAUCUCUUAGACAAGGACGGACUAUUCAAGCUGUCAAAGGAGGAAAUUGAGACCAUUUGCAAUUUGACUAAAGGGUAUUCAGGAUCAGACAUGAAAAACCUAGUGAAGGAUGCUUCUAUGGGUCCACUCAGAGAGGCUCUUAGACAAGGCAUAGAAAUUACAAAGCUAGAAAAGGAGGAUAUGCGGCCUGUAACUCUUCAGGACUUUGAAAAUGCAUUGCAAGAGGUGAGGCCCUCAGUUUCCUUGAAUGAACUAGGCACAUAUGAUGAAUGGAACAAGCAAUUUGGAAGCCUAUCACUCUAGGAAUAAGUUUGAUUAAUGCAAGGGGAAAAGAAAUCAAUAGGUUCUAAGCAGUAGUUGGUGAUGUUAAUCAAUAUUCAUUGACUUGUAUACUAAGAUGUGAGCAAUUCACAUGGAAAUUUACUUGAACGCAUGACGGUAGAAAUUUUACGCACGACCAACCGUUGGAAAAUUAGUUUA